AUGCGGAUGAAGGCAGAGGAUCUGGAGAUUGAAGAAUUGGAGUAUGAGUUGAGGAUUCGAGAUGAAGAGUUGGGUGAGACGCAGGAGGAUAUGGUAAAAGAUUUGAAUACGUGGCUGAAGUUGGAAUUCGAUGGAAUGGGAAAAGUAGAUCGGAAAGUUCAGGAGAAAGAUAUUGGAAAGUUGUGUAAAGAUGCACUGGCAGUCUUGGAUAAACUGGAGGGAGUGUAUUCGACGAAGAGUUUCUCAAGAUUGAAACAUUGGGAAGAUAGAUUGGGACGUGCAGAUGUAAAUCGGGAGGAGAGACAGCAGAUCUCAGCGGUAUUGCGAAGACUGCGGUCAAUUCGACGUGAAUUGGGUCCAAAGGAGGAACGUGUUGAUGAAGAUGGAGGAAUGAAGGAAGUGAUGUCAGGAGUUGAUGGUAAGGUUGAAGAAGUUGAAAAGGUAAGAGAGAAAUUGGUGAACGUACAGCUGGAGAUGGUAAAUGAAAAAUUUAAGGAAGAUGUGGGUGGUACGGGGGGUAUGAAGGAGAGAAGGUGGCGUGCAGUGCCAAUAACAGAGUGGAAAAUUAAAUUUAGUGGUGGGGAUAAAGGCUUGAGCGCGAAUCAGUUUUUGACCCAAGUGAAGAGGAUGGCGAUGACACAAGGGAUUUCAGAUGCGGAAUUGUUGUCAUCAAUUUGGAGAAUUUUGGAAGGGGGGGUGGAGAAUUGGUUUUGGGCGUGUCAGGACCAAUUUAAAGAUUGGGAAAGUUUCACGGAAAUGUUUGUGGCAGAAUUUCAAGAUGAAGAGUAUUAUGAACGAUUGAGGGAGCAAAUCAGGCAAAGGAAACAGAAACCCGGUGAGAAAUUUGCAAUAUUUCGAGCCGAAAUGGAGUUGAUGAUGAAAGAGUUGGUACCACCAAUGUCACAGCAUGAACGAUUCCGUACUAUUUACAGGAAUUUGUCACCAAUGUAUUUGAGGGCAAUGGGUGGUCAGGUUAUUUAUUCACUGGAAGAGUUGACAGUGUUCUGCAAGAGAAUUGAACAAACCGAGAAAAUGUGUGAAGGUUAUGAGAAAAGUGUAACGAAAAAGGUUGAUAAAGUGGCAGUUGUAGGUGUAGAGAAUGCAAAGAAAGGAUGUGGGGAGAAAAUGGAGGUGAAGAAAGAAAAGAAAAUCGAGCGUAAGGUAGAUGAGGGUAAGACAGUUGAGAAAAAGAAAGAUUCGUUUUCCUGUGCAAAUUGUUUUGGUUCUGGCCAUGGAGUAUUGAGAUGUCCGGAGAAGAGGAGAGCCAGAUUUCUUUGUUAUCAGUGUGGAGCGGCUGACGUGACGACGAAAACUUGCAAAUCUUGCAAUAAAGGUGGUGGCGUUAGACAGGGUGGAAGUAAAACCUCAUCUGAAGAGGGGGGUGAGACACAGGUGUGUGUGGUAUAUGCGGAAUCUCGUCAGGGAGAUAAUCGUAUGUUUGUCGAUGUAGAUGUGAAUGGGGUGGUGGUGAAGGGGAUGCUAGAUAGUGGCGCGACAACGUCAGUGCUAGGUCGCGGAUGGAGGGAAAUUGUGAACAAGGCGAAGCUGAAAGUCCGAAAUAGUGAGGUGAGGGGGCGUUCAGCUACUGGGAUGAGAAUGCGAGGAGGAUUGGAGGUUGAUGUACCUGUGGCAUUCAAUGGGAGGUCUCAAAUUUUGACAAUUCCAAUUUUUCCUGAAGUGACAGAAGAUUUGUUGUUGGGUAUGGAUUUCUGGCGGGAGUUUGGGUUGAGUCCAGCAUUGCCGUUUAUACAUGAGCAAUCUGUGGCAUCAAUCGAUGUGGAAGCUUGGCUGUCUCAGGAGCAGAAGAGAAUGAUUGAGGAAUGUGUAAAGUUGUUUCCGGUCACAUCAGAGGGGAAUUUUGGUUGUACUCCGUUGGUCUCUCAUUCGAUUGACACAGGUGAUGCGAAACCCACUGUUCAGCGUUGCUAUCCAGUGUCUCCGCAUGUUUUGAAAGCUGCUGAUCAGGAGUUGCACAGAAUGGAGAAGUUGGGAGUGAUAAAGAAAUGUGCCAAGUCACCAUGGAGAUCUGCGAUGACUGUGACUACUAAAUCAAAUGGCAAGAUAAGGCUGUGUUUGGAUGCACGAGCCUUGAACAAGGUGACUGUGAAGGAUACUUAUCCUAUGCCCCAUUUGGAAAACAUACUGUCGAAUUUGGGAGGUACCAAAUACCUGUCAGCAAUUGAUUUGAGUGAUGCAUAUUGGCAAGUGCCUCUGGAUGAGGAAGCACAAGCCAAAACUGCAUUUGCGUUGAUUGGCAGACCCCUUUUUAUGUUUGCAAGAAUGCCGUUCGGCCUUGUUGGGGCACCAGCAACAAUGGCUCGAUUGGCAGAUGCAGUGAUAGGUCCGGAAUUGGCUCCUCAUGUGUGGACGUACUUGGAUGAUAUCAUCGUAGCUACCGAUGAUUUUGAGAGCCAUGUGAAGUACUUGAAGAUCGUCGCUGAGAGGUUGAAGAUGGCAAAACUAACGAUCAAUCGGGACAAAUCAAAGUUUUGUGUACCAGAGCUGCGAUACUUGGGAUUUGUGGUCAAUGAGGAGGGAAUUAAGAUUGAGCCAGAUAAAAUAGAGGCAAUCCAGAAUUACCCAAAACCCUCAACUGUAAAAGAGGUGCGUCAGCUUUUGGGUAUGUGUGGGUGGAAUCGGCGAUUUAUAAAAGAUUACGCCAAAAUUAUGGCUCCUAUCAGCAACCUUUUGAAAGGAAAACCAAAUCGGAUUGUGUGGACGAGUGAAGCUGAGAGGGCGUUUGAAGAAAUUAAGAGGGCUUUGGGAUCUGCCCCUAUUUUGCGAAAUCCAAAGUAUGAUAGGGUGUUUCAUGUGUGUACUGAUGCAUCAGAUGUGGGUAUUGGGGCCCAGUUGACUCAGCGAGAUGAUAAUGGAGAUGAAUAUACGGUGACGUAUAUUUCUCAGAAAUUGUCAGAAACGCAAAAGAAAUGGUCGAUUGGAGAAAGAGAAUGUUUGAGUGUGAUCGUGGCCCUGAAUAAAUGGAGACAUUACCUUGAAGGAUCAAAAGUAGUGGUGGUGACUGACAGUGAGGCACUUAAAUGGUUGCUCAAGCAGGGUGAUGCGAAAGGAAGAAUCGGUAGAUGGGCUCUACAAAUUCAACAGUUUGAUUUUAGUGUAGUACAUCGAUCAGGAUGUAACAAUAUUAUUCCUGAUGCUUUGUCUCGGAACAUCUCUGAAUUGGCUGAAGAGGCAGUCGAUCCAGAGGGACAUGAGGUUUGUGCAGUUGAUAAGGCGGAGGAGGAAGUGAAUGUAGGUACAGGGGAUGAGUGGUAUGAUGAGUUGGUAAACAAGAUAAUGGAACUCAGUUUGUGA